ACCACGAUUCAGCGCUCAGUCAUUGAGUUCAGCCCAUGUCGGUUCUGGUUGUCCAUCAUCGAUUCGCUUUUUUCCCCUUCGGAAUAACACUUCAGUACAUUGGAGAUCAAUUCUUAAAAAUUUGGUGGAACGGGGUUACCUAAUUACUGAAAUCGGGAAUUGUCUGCGAAUAGUGGCUAUUGCAGUACCAUACAAUGUUUCAGGAUUGUUUAUGUUGCUAGUUUUCUCACUGGUUACAUUGUUGGCCUUGGCUUUUUACUAUUUCUUCAAACGGAUUAAUUUUAUAUUAAUAGUGGCGGUUAUGGCUGGAAUGGUGGUCAUAGUGAUGGCUUUGAAUGCAUCACUGUCAAUUUUUAUUCAAUAUAACUUACUGAUAAUUGUAAAAGAACGUUACCCACUGACCUGUGUCACUGCAUUCCUAUACAUUUUGACCAUGAUAACGCUGUUUGCAAGUCUAAAUUUUAUUUCAGAAUCUGACUCCAGAAACACUGAGACAUGGCGAUCUGUAUCCUGUGUGGUUGUGUACAUGGUUGGUACAGUGCUGGUUGUUUUUGUGAAUGCUGCAGUGUUAUUUGGAAAGAUAAUCCUAAAAGCAAUGGGUUAUACUGAAUAUACAGUGGAUCUGCGGCUUAUUCUCCUGCCAACUGAAAGUGUCUUUGCUGUGUACUGCCUUGGUUUAUUGCUAUAUGAUUCCUGUAAGAAGAGACAAUUGUCGGUGCAGGUAAGAAACUAUUCAUAUCCUUCAAGAUAUGCCAACAGUCAUGUUGUUUCAAGACGCCACCACAGUCAUAUGCAGCAUUCUCUCCGGACAAAAAAUCCAGACUCACCUUUACACAGUCAUGAACUUCAGACACUGGCUCUUGAACCUCAGCCCUCCGGUUCUUAGCGGGCAGAACCUCAUUCCAUAAACUAAAGCAAAUUCUUCAAACUCAGGACAGAAGAUUGUGUGGCUUAGUAAGUCCUUAAAUGGAAAAGAUUUAAGAAACACUUUAUGUUCAUUGUGCCAGAAAAUGGUAGUUGCAUGACCAUUGAUUUUUUACCAGUUAACCCAUUUUACCCGUUAAGGAUAAUAAAACAGCUGAUCAUCUGUCAAACAAACCAAACUUUAGUUAACAGGCCACAAAUGAAAUUUUCAGCUUCACUACUUUUUUUUAAGAAAAUAUAUAAAUCAAACUUUUAGUGGGCAUGCUUCUGGAUAUUAUUCUAAAUUAGCUGAUAGUAGCGCAACCCUCUGCUUUGGGAGGGCUUUUUCAAAGAUGGAAUUCACUCUAAGACAGAUUAUUUUUUUUUUACUUGUCAUUAGAGUUUUACAGUUUAUUAAAUUCAAGUACAGUGAAACUUUCAAUUGCGAGUAACAGAUUGUAAGUGUUCCAAGACGAGCAAAAAUUGUAAUAAAUUUUGACUUGGAAAAUGAACAAGUCUUGGUUUAUGAGUACCGUUUAUCAUGUAUCACGCAUGCGGUUUUUCUCUCUCUUGCGCUGCAGAAUUGUGGGUAAUCGUCUUCACUGCUGGGUCUUAGUGCGCGUCUCUCACUGGUAUACUUAACAUCCGUGCACACGUGUUCUGUUUAAUAUAACACUGUGACCAUGUGUGUACGUGUUAAACAUUUUAUUUUGUGUCUGUAAGCGUGUGUGUAGAAUUUCAGAGUACUGUGUCUUAUAACACGUGUGCACGUGUAGAGCAAAAGAAAGUCUCUUUAGAGAGGUAACAAUCCAUUUUAUCUCUCUCUGUUUCAGCCUAUCGUUAUGUGUGCGCGCGCGUAAUUUGACACCAUGCCCCUUUACACACACACACACACAC